AUGUCGUCCAGCGAACAACAGUUUCGCGAGUCUUUGCGCUCUUUCCGUUGGGCCUCAAACUCAAACUCUAACAAUAUUAAUUUGUCUUCUAAUAAUAAAACACCUUUCGCCCGAAUAUCAGAGAAUACUUCAAAUUUCUUUGAAAAUGUUGGCAAUCGA